GGAGCGGCUGGAAGGGGAAGCAGCGGCGGUGACAUUUCCUCUCGGGCCGCCCCCUUCUCCCGCUGCCGGAGCGGGGCCCCCGAGAAUGGCAGCGUUAGGAGAACCAAGUAAGUUUUCACAAACACUGAACGGAACUCCUGCUUCAAACACAGUCAGCAGUGGAAUGGACCCCUUCCACGCCUGUAGUAUUCUUCAGCAGCUUAAAACCAUGUAUGAUGAAGGACAACUGACAGAUAUUGUGGUGGAAGUGGAUCAUGGGAAAACAUUCUCCUGUCAUAGGAAUGUUCUUGCUGCAAUCAGUCCUUACUUCAGAUCUAUGUUCACUAGCGGCCUUACAGAGAGCACCCAGAAGGAAGUUCGUAUCGUUGGUGUUGAAGCAGAGUCAAUGCAUUUAGUAUUGAACUAUGCAUAUACCUCCAGAGUCGUGCUGACAGAGGCCAACGUCCAAGCUUUGUUCACUGCAGCCAGUAUCUUCCAGAUCCCUUCCAUCCAAGACCAGUGUGCUAAAUACAUGAUCAGUCAUUUGGACCCACAGAACUCCAUCGGGGUGUUCAUCUUUGCUGAUCACUAUGGCCAUCAGGAGCUCAGAGACAGGUCCCAAGACUACAUUCGUAAAAAGUUUCUGAGUGUCACCAAAGAGCAGGAAUUUCUUCAGCUGAGAAAAGACCAACUGAUAAGCAUACUCGACAGUGAUGACUUAAAUGUAGACAAGGAAGAACACGUUUAUGACAGCAUUAUAAGGUGGUUUGAGCACGAACAGAAUAAGAGAGAAGUGCACCUUCCAGAAAUAUUUGCCAAAUGCAUCCGUAUGCCUCUGUUGGAAGAGACAUUUUUAGAGAAAAUCCCUCCCAUGUUUGCACAGGCUAUGGCCAAAAGCUGUGUACAAAAGGGACAACCUAGUGCCAAUGGCUACACACAGCGUCUUGGGAUGACUGCUUCUGAGAUGAUCAUUUGCUUUGAUGCUGCCCACAAACACUCAGGAAAGAAGCAAACAGUGCCUUGUUUAGAUUCGGUCACAGGGAGAGUGUUUAAACUAUGCAAGCCACCAAAUGACUUGAGGGAGGUUGGAAUUCUUGUAUCUCCUGAUAAUGAUAUUUAUAUUGCGGGUGGUUACAGGCCGAGCAGCAGCGAGGUCUCCAUUGACCACAGAGCAGAGAGUGAUUUUUGGAUGUAUGAUCACUCUGGCAACAGGUGGAUCCCAAAAGCUCCUCUGCUGCGAGCCAGGAUAGGCUGCAAAUUGGUUCAUUGCUGUGGUAAACUGUAUGCAAUAGGUGGUCGUGUUUAUGAAGGAGAUGGGAGAAACUCACUCAAGUCUGUGGAGUGUUAUGACAGCAGAGAGAACUGUUGGACAGCUGUCUGUCCCAUGCCUGUAGCAAUGGAGUUUCAUAGUGCUGUGGAAUAUAAGGAUAACAUCUAUGUUUUACAGGGGGAAUUUUUUCUCUGCUAUGAUCCCCAGAAGGAUUAUUGGGGAUUUUUGACCCCAAUGACUGUGCCUAGAAUCCAAGGCUUGGGAACUGUAUACAAUGACUCCAUCUACUACAUAGCUGGCACCUGUGGAAACCACCAACGUAUGUUUACUGUAGAGGCCUAUGACAUAGAGCAGAACAAGUGGACUCGAAAAAAAGACUUCCCCUGUGAUCAGUCCAUCAACCCCUACAUCAAACUCGUCCUCCUCAAAAACAAACUCCACCUCUUUGUCAGAGCUACUCAAGUCACUGUUGAAGAGCACGUUUUCAGAACCACCAGGAAGAAUUCUCUCUACCAGUAUGAUGAGGUUACUGACCAGUGGCAGAAAGUCUAUGAGACUCCAGACAGGCUCUGGGAUUUAGGCCGGCAUUUUGAAUGUGUUGUUGCUAAAUUGUAUCCGCAGUGUCUUCAGAAAGUUAUUUAAGUUUUUUUUUUUCUUUUCUUUUUUUUUUUUUUUUUUUUUUUUUUUUUUUUUUUUUUUUCAGUAACAGGCCUUAGUGAUUUCAGUGGUAAUCCGAUGCUAGAGAAAACACAUCUUAAAGAAAACAAAGAAAUUCUGUCAGUAUUUAUUGUAAUCUGAAACAGACAGUUUUUUUGAACACGGGGACGGGUGCUCUUUAAAGGUUGCAGUCUGGGGAGGGAAUUACUGAUUCAGUUUCUUAUUUACUGAUAUUUUCCUGGGAAAUAAGAAGGAGGUUACAAAGUGCAAUUAUCAGCAUUUUUUUUUUCCUGGUAAACACUUAAUCAUGCCAUCCUAAGAAGGGUGUUUUUGUGGUAAGAGCAAAUUAAGUGGAAGAGCCAGGAUCACUAUGCACUACAGUGAAAGAAAAUCUAGCAUUAGUAGCUAAGGAUGUCCAAGAUGUUUGGAAGUGACUUUUUUUUUCUCUUUUUUUUUUUUUUUAAAUACGGGUAAAAAUUGAAUUGAGGCAAUAUCACUAAUUCUGGUUUUGUUUCUAAUUAUUAUUUUUUUUUUUUAACUUUAGAUUGAAACGAUGUAGAGGAAUGGUAGAUUCUGAUUCAUAAUGAUUUUUUUUUUGUACUGUUUUUGAAGUUUGCUAAGAUGUUUGUGAUGUUGUUUGUGCAAAUACUCAAGACAGAAUUGGAACAUGGAGUACCUUUUGGCCCAGGUGGAGGCCUGUUCAGAUUACUGUACCACUUCCUGUCUGUGGAUUUAUUUUUGUUGUUAAAAUUCUGCUUAAUUAUAGGGGGGAAAAAAGAAUCCCAACACCUAUUUUCUGCCACUUAGUGCUGUAAAAACUUUUUUUAAACACUGCUUGAAUAUUUUUUUCAUCCCAUAAAGGGCUUUAACCCAAAAGUUGAUGGUGCUAGUACAUUUUUAAUACUUGUUUGUCUGAAAUGGGAUAGCCUUAUGCUCCUGUUUAAGACAGCCUAUUAUUUUUCACAGAGUGUGUGUCUGUCCUCAGGCCCUGUCCUGUCAUCAUAUUGUCUUUUUUAACUUAACAUUUUUACUGCAGUGGGAUUCUUGCACAGAGUGGUGACAGGAUAUGGCCUUAAUAAUAUGGAAUAUUUUUUUUUUUCCUUUUCGUGUGCAUUCUGUCUCCAUUGAAGUCAAAGGCUGUGUGCAGAGUUGGCACAUGCUCCAGUAAUUUGGAAGAGUGUGGCUUAACUUUACAAGUUGUUUUUUCAUUUCUCCCUGCAGUCAAGCUCUCAGAAACCACCUGUGUCAGUGUGAUCUGUAAUGUGAAAAUUUGCACUACUGAGCUGUCUUCAUUAUGCAGUGUAUUAAAGCAACAUUGACAAUAAAUACCCAUGGCUUAAAGUUAUCUUAGAUACAAAUACAGAAUGAGGUUCCACUGGACUGCAACACUUUUCUCUGUGUUUAACAUUUUGCUUAGUUUCAAAGAAGCAAAUAAAUUCCAAGUUCAACCUCUUAUUUCAGCAGUGAAAACUGGACUUAGAAGGGAAAAGAGGAGUCCUGGAACACCUAUAAUUUUGUUAUAGGUGUAAUUAGGCUGUAAUUUGCCAGGUUUAAUUUCUUACAGCUCUAACUUUUGCAGAGCUGUGGUUGUUAUCUUACUCUUCCCUAUUUACUGAACUCAACCAGUUAACUUGAAAUGGCAGUGGCCAUCUCUGGCUCUAAGUGCUUACCAUUAUCUGGCUUAACAGCUGAUGUUUCAGUAAGCCAAAUAUUUAGUUCAUUGUUUAUCCCCGGGGCAUGGCUGAGGAUUUAGAUCAUGUUAGUUUAUUCUGUGGUCUUACUGGUCCCAAAUGGAAUCUUCCUAAUGCAUGAAAAUAACUCUCCUGGUUCUGUUUCUGAAUUCUUGAACAAAAAAGUUUAAAAAGGCAAAAACAAACCAACAAAAAAAACUGUGAAAAGAAAAACAAAACAACACAACAAGGCCUCUUUGCAUUACAUACCUCAUCUUCCAGAGGCUCACCAAACCACUUCUUUCAAAUGUGAGCACCUGCAUUUUUUUUUUUUUUUUUCUCAAGUUGACAGUUCUUGCUGAAACUGCAUUUUCCAACAGUGUUGAGGUGUGUUGUUUCUUUGUUUAGUUUUCUUCAGGAUACUCUUUGACAUAGACCCAUAGCCAAGAGUAAGAGGGUUUUUUUUAAAAAAAUACAACUGAUUUGAUUUUUAAAAUUCUCCUUAGUCCUUGGCUAGCUCUCUUUGCGCUGUUGUAGGCCUCUAGCUGCAAACUUUCUGAAGCACCCUCCCUAACAGUGUUGCAUUUGUGUGUAAAACUAUUUUUUUUUUUUUUGCAAAGUGUUGCAUAACUUUUUCUUGUUUGUUUUUUUUGUUUGUUUUGUUUUUUGUUUGGGUUUUUUUUAGGCUUGGUUGAGUAUUUACGAGACUUCUUGCUGCUUUUUGACAAUCUUCUAUAUUUAUUUAGUAGAACAAAUUUCAAUAUAUUACUUGAAACUAUGAACUAGAAUUGAGUUAGCAAUUUGACUGGUCAUGUGAUGUAUAGAAGUACAAUAUGCUGUGGUUCAUUCUGCAGUAGGUUUGUUCAUUUUGUUUUAUCUGCACUAAAAGUAUGAAGAUCUCCAUUCUGUUUAACCAUUCAAACUGAGGGUGUGAUCCAAGUCUGUAAUGUGUUUAAAAGCUAAAUCCUGGAACUUGCCGUGGGAGUAGAAUAUACUUAAUCUUUUGCAUGAGGAGUUUGUUGAGACAGUAAUGUAGCUGUGACAUUUUGCCAGUUCUUAAAUGCUUCUACAUUUUGCUGAAAGUCAGAUUCCUGGUAAAGUUCUGCUUUAGAGUCAGGCUUAGGUGAACUUGCACAGCACAAAAAAAAAAAGAAAAAAAAAAAAGAAAAAAAAAAAAAAAGAAAAGAAAUAAAAUGAUUGCACCAAAGGUACUGAUAAUAUUUAAACAGUAAUCUGUACAUUUUUCCCCAUUGGGUAUUUUUUCUUCAUUCAUUUAUUUCCCUUUAUUAAAUGAAUUUCUAGCAUUGUAAGGACUUGCGUGAGUGUAAAUCUCUCUCUUUUUUUCCAAAAUUAUUAGUUACUUUAGGAGGAAACAUUUUGUAAUUUCCACUUAAUUCCAUCAGUAAAGCUUAGAAGAACUAAAAGCAGUUUUGGUGCACCAAACAUGCAGUGUGUGUAUGUUCUACAAGAAGUUGAAGAGCUCCCUGUUCAUAAGGCUGUUUAGAAAUGGCAUCCAACAUUCAGUGCUCAGGUAUGUUAGUAAGAAGUACUGUAGUCCUCUGAGGGCAAAUGUGUGGAUUUUUAAACAUUUUGCCAUAAUUGCACAAUUUUGCAUUUUUACUUAAUGUCAUGUUAUGUUUCUUAAAAUAAACCUAUUGUUGAAAUACA